AUGGUCAAUAUACUUCAACAAUUCAUGCAGAUUCAGGCCACCACAAACAAUCAAAACACUCAGGCCAUAAAUGACUUGCGGGGCACCAUCAAUAAAAUAAACACAACAUUGAGCACUCAAGAGAAAGGAAAAUUUCUAGCACAGCCUCAGCCUAAUCCACAAGUAUACCGGCAACAACAACAGCAAGUGCAUAAUGUCUCAGGGGAGAUUUUUGAGACAGCAAAAGCCGUUCUUACUUUGAGAAGUGGAAAGGAAGUUCCCCAACCAGAGAUGACUAUGGACACACAAGUAGUUGCUCCUACACCUGUAGAUGCAACAGAGAUUGAUGAAACUGAAAAAGAAUCAGAGCUAGUGAGACCAGAGUCGAAGAAGCCUGUGAGUGCAGAUGAUGAAACUAUGAAAAGGAAGUUGAAUGUAAAGAAGAAAGCUUUCCUAACAGAGCAAGUCAGUGCAUUGAUAUUAAGUGAGACUCUUCAGAAGUUUGGAGAUCUCUGCUCUCCCCACAUUUCCAUUAUAAUUGGUGAGUCACGUAUUAGGAGAGCUCUACUUGAUUUGGGGAGUAGUAUAAACUUGCUACCGUUCUCAGAGUAUGAGCAGUUGGGAUUAGGUGAGCUAAAAAAGACCUUCAUCAAGCUACAGUUAGUUGACAGAUCACUCAAGCAGCCAACCACUACUAUUUACCAGACGCCCGUCAUCCUCGGGCGCCCAUUCCUUACUACCUCUAAUGCACUGAUAAAUUAUCGAAGUAGAGUGCUGAAACUCACAUUCAGGAAUAUGACAUUGGAAAUGAAUGUAUUCAAUACUUUCAAGAUGUCUAGUGAUUGCGACGAGUCAGAGGUGCAUGCUGUUGAUGUGAUUUCAGAGCUUGAUGAAAUAAAGAGAGAGGCCUACGACAAUUCCCGCUUGACAGGAAGAUCCAUGACAAACAUCUUGUUCCUGAUCAGAAAGUGCUCCUCUACAAUUCAAGACUGCAUCUUUUUCCCAUGA